CGAUCCCUGGAUAAGAAGAGAGAGCCUAGUCCUCUCCCUUUCCCCUCCCUUCCCUAGUCGUCAUCCUCGUCGACGGGCUGCCUCACCGGAGUCAGGCGGCGCGGGCGCGGCUCCCCUCUCCUCUCUCCUCCGUGCCGCCGCAGCCAGCCGCCAACAAUACCAAGCGGUUUGCGCGAAUGGCGGCGGUGCCGCGGCCGUCGUGGUCGCGCUCGGUCAGCGAGACGGUGCGGGGGUCGCACCAGUACACCGUCAAGGGCUUCUCCCUCGCCAAGGGCAUCGGUCCCGGCCGCCACCUCGCCAGCGACACCUUCGCCGUCGGCGGCUACGACUGGGCCGUCUACCUCUACCCCGACGGCAAGAACCCCGAGGACAACGCCAGCUACGUCUCCGUCUUCGUCGCCCUCGCCUCCGAGGGCACCGACGUCCGCGCCCUCUUCGAGCUCACCCUCCUCGACCAGUCCGGCCGCGCACGCCACAAGGUCCACUCCCACUUCGACCGCUCCAUGCAGGCCGGACCGUACACCCUCAAGUACAGGGGAUCCAUGUGGGGUUACAAGAGGUUCUACAGAAGGUCACAGUUAGAAACAUCAGAUUUUCUAAAGAACGAUUGCCUAGUAAUGAACUGCACAGUAGGUGUUGUCAAGACUCGGCUCGAAACACCAAAGAACAUCCAGAUUAACGUUCCUCCAUCUGACAUCGGCCGUUGCUUCAAGGAGCUCCUCAGACUCCGCAUUGGCUGUGACAUAACAUUUGAAGUAGGUGACGAGAAGGUCCAGGCACAUAAAUGGAUUCUUGCUGCUCGUUCCCCAGUAUUCAAAGCCCAAUUCUUUGGACCAAUUGGUAAAGCUGACUUGGACAGAGUUGUUGUGGAGGAUGUUGAACCUAUCGUCUUCAAGGCAAUGGUGAAUUUCAUAUACUCUGAUGAGCUUCCUAGUAUUCAUGAACUAGCUGGAUCUUUCUCAAUGUGGACAUCAACUGCAGUUAUACAGCAUUUGUUGGCAGCAGCUGAUAGAUAUGGAUUGGACCGGCUACGAAUACUAUGUGAGGCACAGUUAUGUGAUGGGCUUACUGCUGAAACAGUUGCGACAACCUUAGCCCUGGCUGAACAGCAUCAUUGUGCUCAGCUCAAGUCAGCCUGCUUAAAGUUUACUGCUGUCCGAGAAAAUCUUGGAGUUGUGAUGGAGACUGAUGGGUUUAACUACUUGGAGGAGACAUGCCCAUCCCUGCUGUCUGAUUUGUUAGCAACCGUCGCGGUAGUGGACGAUGAUCCUACAUCUGUUAACCGGAAAAGGGGAGUUUGUAUCAACGAAGAUGUGAAUCCAGUUGAAAGUGUUGAGGCUAGUGACAGGCGCAUCCGCAGGAGGGUUUAGGUGUUAGGUGGAGGUUGUGAACUAAUAUGUAGCUUAUGUGCUUCCCAGAGUUGCUAUGAAUAUGAAGUGCUCAGUGACGGAACUUCGAUUUGGAUGCGAGUCUCUUGUGAAUAAUCUCCAAUUCUAAUGGCGUUAGUUGUAACUUUGUCGCAGAUCAGGUAUGCGGUAAGAAGAUUCUAGUCAUGACAGGAUGAUCCAUUCCAUUGGCUUGACCGCUUGGGUAUGUUGUAUGCUGUAUUUAGCUAUGUAAUGCUGAACUGUACUGCUUUCCAAGAAGAAGGCUCUGGUGGGAAUGAAUACA